CCGGCAAACAUCUCAUGCACAGCUCUCUCCUUGAAAGAUUAGAAAGCCAUCUCGAUAAACUCUUUCAAGGGCUCAUUCUCUCUUCAGCCGCAAAAGACACCACAAUCUUGAUCUUUUAUCAUGGCCAGCAAGCCAAACCAGCAGGACGACAAGAGCGUCUCGCCGUCGUCGCCGGACAGCCCAAGCGAGGAGGUCCGUAAGCUGCCUACCAGAUGUGUUGAGAACAUCGACAGUCUGGUGAAAGCAGUCCAAACUCUGGUCGGGAAUGAGGGCACGUUCAAGAUUGAAAUGCGGCAUAACUCCUUCUUCGUCCGAUCGGCUGUCAAGAUUGAAAUGAAGCAGCUUUUGGAGCUGAUUGCCCCAAAGGGGCGACGGCUCUCGGCAUGGAAGUUGGACGAAAGCGAAAUGCUUCCGCACAGCCUGGGUGCCGAGGCAGACACGGGUCACCAGAUCACAGCCAAUUGCAGUUCGGAGGAUGACCUGGUUGUUGCCGACGAGACUGCCAACGACGGAAAUGUCCCGGAACACGACGUCGCCCGACGCCAGCCGGAACCCGUCGCACGGAAACGACUCGACGACGCAACGGCCAUAAUCACGCAACAGCGCCACGCCGUAGUCCAAGGCGCGCUGGCUUUCGGGCAGUACACCGACCUGCGCGCGGGCCGGCUCGAUCCCGCCGCCGACAUCGACCUAGUGGUGCUCUCGCACGUGCACUGGGACCACGUCGGCACGCCGUCCGACUUCGCGCGCGCUACCUUUGCCGUCGGCGCCGGCACCCUCGACCUGCUGCGCCAUGGCGCUGUACCCGGCCGAGCUCUUCAACCACGACGAGCUGCCCGCCGCGCGCACCGUCGAGUUCCCGCCCGGCCCCCCCCGGGCGAAUCGUCGUACGAGGCCAGCAAUGCGAGACACCCCCCUAAGCACACGCCCAUGCCGCACGCCGCUGGCCGGCUUCCCGCAGCGCUAGACGUGUUCGGCGACGGCAGCGUGCACGUCGUUGACAGCCCGGGGCACCUGUUCGGCCACGUCAACCUCCUCGCGCGGCUUGCCAGCGACAGGUACGUGUACCUGGGCGGCGACUGCUGCCACGACCCGCGCAUCCUGCGCGGCGACAGCGGCAAUGCGCUGUACGAUGAUGGCCGCGGCGGGCUGCGCAGCGUGUAUGUCGACACGGGGGCUGCGCGGCGCACGCUCGACCGCAUUGCUGCGUUUGUGGCGGGCCAUUAG